CCCACAAACCGAAUGAAACAAUUGAGAAAAAAAUAAACCAAAAUUCUAGGGCUUGUCGCGUGUGAACUGAAUUCCAUGGACGACAUGGCUGCCUACUACUCACAGCCCCAACCGGCGGGCCUUCUCACUUACCACCAGUACUAUCAACCGCCGCCUCCGCAACCUCCUCCGUUGUUGGCGGUGGUACCACCGCCACCCGGCGCGGUUGUCCCUUCGGCGCACCACGGGCAUCCGCCAUACGUGGCUCAGCAUCAGCAGCAAGCGGUGUUCGGUUCUUAUGGCGCUCCUCAACCCUCCACGAACGAGGUUCGCACCCUCUUCGUCGCUGGCCUUCCUGAAGAUGUAAAGCCCCGCGAAAUCUACAAUCUUUUCCGCGAAUUUCCCGGCUACGAGUCUUCACAUCUCCGGAGUCCCAGCAAUUCGUCUCAGCCUUUUGCUUUUGCUGUGUUCGCCAGUCAGCAGUCAGCAAUCAUGGCAAUGCAUGCUCUGAAUGGCAUGGUGUUUGAUCUUGAAAAGGGCUCCACUCUUUUUAUUGAUCUGGCAAAAUCAAACUCUAGAUCCAAACGCACUAGGAUAGACGAUGAGAGAACCGGUGCCGAUAAGAAAGCUAGAAGUCUUGCAUCAUCAUGGGUCACUCCCGAUUCUGCAGGUGUUAGCAGCAUUCACAUGCCUGGAAUGGGUAAUCCUGCUUUCAACACGAACACGUUUGGUUAUCCAUCUGCACAAAGUCUUGGGAGUGCUGAUGGGAAUGCUGUGAGUGAUGGUCGAUACCUGAAUAUGAAGAAGUCUUCAUCUCCUUACAUUCCUCAAAACUCAACCCCGUGUGCAACUUUAUUUGUAGCAAAUCUGGGGCCAUCUUGUAAUGAACAAGAGCUAAUGCAAGUGUUUUCUAGAUACCAUGGAUUUUUGAAGCUGAAGAUGCAGAGCACAUACGGGGCGCCAGUAGCAUUUGUUGAUUUCCAGGAUGCCACUAGCUCAACUGAAGCUCUAAACAGUUUGCAAGGCACAAUUCUUCACUCUUCGCAAACUGGCGAGGGAAUGCGUUUAGAAUAUGCAAAAUCGCGGAUGGGCAUGCGAAAGAAGCCAAAGUAACUUACAUGGUGGAAAAUUAUAAAAUGGAAAAAGGUGAAAAAACACGAGAAUCACUCAUGAUGCCUUCGGGCAGCACAAUGAGUUGUUAUUUGCGGCUACAACAGAGAAUGAAUGGAAGCUGGGUUGCUGCCUUCAUCCCAAAUCCAAAUUUUGCAGAACUUGUUCACUGUUUUGAAAAUAGAAAAUAGGACACAAGUUAAAUGCUUGUUGUUCAACAGUCAUCGAUCUUGUUCUCGUGUCUUUUAUCUACUGUAAAUUUAUAUAGAACUACCUUUUACUUUACAGCUCUUGGAAACCCUGAUGAAAAUAUUAUUAAUUUUAUUUGUAUUCUA